AACGUGUACAGUUACGUUCCGUUACCACGUAUACUCCUCACUUCACUCCACGCUGUGAGCGCUGGCCGACACCGACACCAACACUACAGCGACACUAAAAUCAUCACUAACACUAAACUGACAUAACGUGUGAUGUCACUAUAUCACUGUAUAUGUAUCUAAGGAAUACUGUCAACUUAUGAAGUGUCAAUCUAUCGUAAAUACUAAAUAUUAAACUGCUCGUAGAUCCUUCAGAACCCGCCAUGAGACUCCAGAUCGCAUUCUUUGCAGUGUUGACCUGCGGGCGAUGUGCCUCCGAUGGUUAUGUCACCGAUAAAAGUACAGGCAUCUCUUACCGGCUGGUAUACAACGCGCAGCCUUGGCCAAUAGCCAGGCAGAAGUGUGAGGACGAAGGGUCAAAACUUGCUGUUCCCAAAACACCGGAGCAGUUCUCGUUCUUGCAGAAGUUAGUCCGAGCGAUGCAGUACCCUCGAAUCAAAAACAGUAGUCUGGAGAUUCUCGUCUGGCUCGGGAUCAACAAUCUUCAGAAUUAUACUGUAUGGAAGAAUAUUGACGGAGAAAAUAUCGCUGACACUGGCUUUCACACAUGGGCUGGUCUCAACGGACAAGGAUAUAGCGACGCCCCCGAGGAACCCCACUGUGUUGGUCUGGACGCUGUAAACCCAGGUCUCAGAGACUUCUGGUGUCACCAGUACCAACCAUACUUCUGUCAAAAAAUAUUAACCUAGCCCAACUCAGAGUAAACAUAAUAUUAGACUAACAUUUAGUUUGUAUAAAAAUAAAAUUUGAAACGAAUAUUUUAAUGUAUUUUUAAAACUAAAUAUCAUUAAAAGAAUGUUUAUUGAAAUAUUGUGUAAUGUUAUAUAUCAAAAUAAUAUAUUUAACUACAAGAAUAUUAUUCUUCCUAAUAAUCAUAUAAGUUUUCUGCUUGGUUCGUUUGUUUUAUAAACAUCUACACAGAUGGCGCUAGUGAAGUACUCACAUUCCCAAAUUCCCAUUCACCCCAAACACUCUUUAUCUCACUUUGAUAACUCGACUGUUCGCUGUUGGUCUAUUCGAGUCCGCCAGGAGCCUCACGCCUGAUACCUCACUAUACGUUAAACAUCUCAUCAGUAACCCUGUACAGUGUACACACGACCUACAUCAUAACUCCUUGCGCUUCAGAGGCGGCGAGCUCUCGUUAAACAGAGUUAAUGUCUAUGUCAUCACUACAGUACAGAAUAUAAUAACAACGAGCUUCUGAAUACACGUUACGCUUCACCCACCUUAAGCAAUAAUGUGUCUUCAGACCAGACCAUACAUAAAUAAAAGUCAUCGAAAGACGAAAAUAGUCAUCUACAUGAUGUCAACAAUACUCAUUCUCAUUUUCCAAAAUUCUAUAAACUAUGACUCGUUUUUUUUUUCCUUAAGUAAAUGAGGCAAUAUAAACUAAACGGCAACUCAAUGAAAACGAUCUAAAAUAAAUACUUAAAUAACUUUAUGUUGAAAUCUUUUACAUUCAGGGAUUAUGUUAAAACCGUCAUCACGCCAUGUAAAUGUUAAAGUAGAAGCUAAUAUAACUUGGAGAGAUUCAAAGUCAACUUUUAAUUCAAUAAAACCGUUUUAUUCCUCUCA